GUCGUCGUCGGGACUGCGUUGGUGGACAUGUACGCCAAAUGCCGUGAUGUUUCGGCUGCUCAGCGGGUUCUUGAGGAGAUGGAAGAGAAGAAUGUGGCCACUUUUACGGCUCUUGUGGGCGGGUUUGCCUCAGCCAGAAGACCUGGUGAGGCCAUGAUGUUUGUCAGGGAGAUGGAACAGUCAGGGGUGGCACCAAACAUGAUGACAUACAGCAGCCUUCUCAGCUCAUUUGCGAGUCCUGAAGACCUCAAUCAUGGGAGGCAAGCGCAUUGUGCGGUGCUAAAGAAGGGUCUCGAGCACAAUCCGUAUGUUCUGUCCACUCUUAUGACCAUGUACUCCAAGUGCGGCAUCUUAGAUGAUUUCAGGAAGGUGCAGAUGAGUGUUUCCUGUCAGGAUCAGGUCUCGCUCAACUCCGUGAUCUCGGGGCUCUCCUGUUUGGGAAGAGGUGACGAGGCAUUUCAGCAGUUCUUGGAGAUGAGACGGCAUGGCGCUGACACAGAUAUGUUCACCUUUGGCAGCAUGCUGAAGGCUAUAGGGAGCUCAUCCUCACUGCUAGAGGGAAGACAAGUCCAUGCUCUCAUCCUCAAAACUGGGUAUGAGUCUGAUGUGAAUGUCCAGAAUGGAUUGAUUUCCAUGUACGUCAGGCGCGGCGAGAUAGGGGAAGCCAGGGAUGUUUUCACUUCGGUGGAAGCGCCUGACUUGGUCUCCUGGAAUUCGCUUCUGACAGGAUAUGCUCAGCAUGGUUAUGGCAAUGAGGUGGUUGAGGUGUUUGAACAGAUGAGGAGACUGAAUGUUCAGCCAGACAACACAACCUUCUUGUUGGUGCUUACAGCUUGCAGCCACGCCGGUUUGGUGGAUACAGGGUUGGAGUACUUCAACUUGAUGAAAACAAACGGGUUUCUCGCAGGGGCACGGCUAGAGCACUACGCGUGCGUGGUCGAUCUUCUUGGUCGAGCAGGCCAUCUCCAAGAAGCAGAGGCUUUGAUCAACGACAUGCCUACUGAACCUGGCGUCUCGGUGUACAGAGCUCUGCUUAGUGCCUGCCAGAUCCACGGCAACCUUGAGAUUGCGGUCCAGGUGUCCACGCGCCUGAUCGAGCUCUACCCUCACGACUCCUCUGCCCAUGUUCAGCUGUCAAAGGCCUUUGCCGGUGAUGGCCACUGGGGUGAUGCUGCCGAGAUCAGGGAGGCCAUGGCAGGUAAAGGGAUAGUGAAGAACCCUGCUUGGAGCUGUGUCGAGGACCAGGUACAGGUUGGAUAAGAAGGUUGAGAUCCCUUAAAUUCGCCGUUGUUAACUGGGAGUGACUUAAUGGUCAGCUUUGUUGCAGUGUUAACUGAAGGUAAUGCCAGAAACCACUCAUAAAUCCGACGAACCUCUGAAAUCUGUCUCUGAUAUAUUUCGGAGAGCAGAGAUGGCUCAUGGCAUCAAUGGAUAAGAAAGCACAGGUCAUGUGCCAUCACAGUAUCCUGUACUUAUACAUCAUUAAAGCACAUGAAUUACAGCACAUUUGAUAAAAUUUCCUGAUAUUGCAAGGAUGUUCUGCUACUGAAACCAAGACCACUCGAGUGCUGGGUAACCAAAGCCUAAGAUUAAAACUGUCAGGAUCCAGAUCUGAUACGUGAAGAAGACAGCAUAUGAAUUGCAGCAAUGUUGAUAAAAAAAUCCCCUGAUACUCCAAGAAUUCAUGCUGCUGGAAACAAGUCUAUCGGACCGCCGACUGACGAAAGGCUGAGAUUAAACUCACGAGGACCCCAGGUUUGACAACAGAUGAAGUGAGGAUGUGGGUGUUUGAAGAAACAUUGCCAACAGGCGAGAAGCUAUCCGAGUCCAUUAACCAAGCACACGAGAACUGCAAGUACUUACCUGGUAUUAAGCUUGGAACCAAUGUUAUUGCUGACCCCGACUUAGAGAGUGCAGUCAAAGACGCCGAUAUGCUGGUUUUUGUGACUCCCCAUCAAUUUGUGGAGGGUAUAUGUAAGAAGCUUGUGGGCAAACUAAGACCAGGAGUUGAGGCUAUAUCCCUCAUCAAGGGCAUGGAGGUCAAGAUGGAAGGACCAUGCAUGAUAUCAAAACUAAUUACCGAUACACUUGGAAUCAACUGUUGUGUCCUCAUGGGCGCUAACAUUGCAAAUGAGAUCGCUGUUGAGAAGUUCAGUGAAGCAACAAUUGGAUAUAGGGAAGAUAAAGAAGCAGCAAACCGAUGGGCUAAACUUUUCACCACUCCUUACUUCCUAGUUGCUAUUGUGGAAGAUAUUGAGGGAGUUGAACUAUGUGGGACACUGAAAAAUGUUGUGGCGAUUGCUGCAGGUCUUGUUGAUGGCUUGGAUAUGGGAAACAACACCAAGGCUGCGAUAAUGCGGAUUGGUUUGCGGGAAAUGCGUGCUUUCUCUAAACUUCUGUUCCCUUCAGUCAGAGACAACACUUUCUUUGAGAGCUGUGGUGUGGCUGACCUUAUAACUACAUGCCUUGGUGGGAGAAACAGGAGAGUGGCAGAAGCCUUUGCAAGAAAUGGCGGCAAAAGGUCUUUUGAUGAGCUAGAGGCAGAAAUGUUGCAUGGGCAAAAACUGCAGGGGGUAUCCACUGCAAGAGAAGUCUAUGAAGUAUUGACUUAUCAUGGAUGGCAGGAACUGUUUCCGCUUUUAUCCACUGUACAUGAGAUCUGUAUCGGACAACUACCUCCUACAUCAAUAGUUGAAUACAGUGAGCAUACGCCCAACCUCUCCUUCGUCGGUGGUUCAACUCCAUGUUACUGAGCUACAUAUUGAAAUCUGUAUUGCUGCCUGAGUUCUCAUUAUAACGAAACAAGGCGGGGUAUACCGAAUGUAACCUAUCGAAGUGCAUGACCCUAUGAGUCAAUGCUUCCAUGUCUAGUUGCUUGAAACUGCUGUUUGUGAACCUUACCCAGGAAUCAGUGAAUUCCAUGGUGUUUCACAACAUGAUACUUAAAUGAGAAAGAACACGAAAGGUUGUACCUCGUGUUAAUGUUUAAUUAGAGUAUAUACCUGCA